UCUCAUAGGGUUUGUUGUGCGCCAUCUCCUGGGCUCCUCGGCCGCGGGCCUUAACGACCGGAAUUCGUGGAGACGCGGGUUCGGUUGAGCCCUCGGCCAUCCAUGGCUCCUCUCACGCCGCAGCUGCUCCUGCAACGUGGGCGACCCAAGACCAACAGGCUGGGGAAGAUUAAGAGUUUGAAUCUGUCAGGAUUGGAGCUGCUCUCAGAGCACUUGGAUCCUAAUCUCCUGGGACGCCUGAAGCGGCUGAAGGAACUUGACCUCUCUAACAACUUGCUGGAGACGCUGCCUGCUAACCUGGGCCUGUCCCAUCUGCGCAUCCUUCGCUGUACCAACAACCAGCUAGGGGAUGUCACUACCUUGCACCAGUUCCCGGAACUUGAGGAGCUCAGUCUGGAAGGCAACCCCUUCCUGACGGUCAGUGACAACCUCAAAGUCUCCUUUCUCCUUCCCAAGCUACGUAAAGUCAAUGGCAAGGACACAGCUUCCACCUGCUCACAGGUGGAAAGCCUAGAUCAGGAGCUGACCAGAAGGGUCACAGCUCACUGGCAGGAGUUCCAAGCCACUGUGAGCCCUGAAGAGAAAGCUGACAAAGUGCGGGCUGACUUCUUGAGGGCUGCAGUCAGGGAUGUGCGUUACGGCCCCGAGUCUAUCAUGGAGUUCACGCAGUGGCGGGUGCGGAUGAUUGCUGAAGAGCUGGUGGCCUCAGGUGGGACUCAGGUGCAAGAUGCUAAGGUACCAGUGGGGCGUCCCCAGACUGCAGGGGCCUCCAUGCUCAGGGCCAGAAAGGUGGCUUCAAAACGGCCAGGUAAUGACCCAGUCAACCUCCCUCCCAGCAAGCAAGUGUGUGUCUUGCCACCAGCCCAGACUGAGGACAGUCCUGUGGACGCCAGUGGAGGCCAGGCUGCCCUACACCUGGAGCCCCUGCACUUCCUACAGUGUCAUAGCAGAAACAACAGCCCCAAGGACCUGGAGACCCAGCUGUGGGCCUGUGCCUUUGAGCCAGCCCGGGAGGAGGGAGACUCCCGGGCCACAUCCCAGACCGUGGCCACGUGUGGCGGAGAGGCUGUUUGCGUGAUAGACUGCCAGACAGGCCUCGUACUCCAUAAAUACAAGGUACCAGGCGAGGAGUUCUUCUCAGUGGCCUGGACAGCCCUCACGGUGGUCACCCAGGCGGGCCACAAGAAGCGCUGGCACAUGCUGGCAGCCGCAGGCCUUCGGGGCAUGGUCCGGCUACUCCAUGUGCGUGCAGGCUUCUGCUGCAGUGUCAUCCGGGCCCAUAAGAAGGCCAUUGCCACCCUCUGCUUCAGCCCCACCCGUGAGACUCACCUCUUCACUGCCUCCUACGACAAACGGAUCGUCCUCUGGGACAUCGGGGUGCCCGACCACGAUUACAGGUUCCAGGCUAGCCAGCUCCUCACGCUCACCUGUGGUUCUGUCCCCUUGCGUCUCUGUCCUGUGGCCACCUGCCCAGAUGACUUCCUGCUGGCUGGCUGUGAGGGGGGCUGCUGCUGCUGGGAUGUGCGGCUAGACCAGCCCCAGAAGCAAAGGGUGUGUGAGGUGGACUUUGUCUUCUCUGAGGACUCCAAGGUGUCGGGACAAAGAGUGGAUGGGCUGGCAUUUGUGAAUGAAGAUGUGGUGGCCUCCAAAGGGAGUGGCCAGGGCACCAUCUACCUGUGGAGCUGGAGCCAGACGUGGGCAGGCCGGGGCGGCCAGUCUGUGUUGCCUGUCGUCAUCCUGGCCCGGCUGCAGUGGUCACCCACCAGCCUGGCCUACUUCUCACUCAGCACCUGUCCUGAAAAAAACCUCGUGCUGUGUGGGGACGAGGAGGGCAGUGUGUGGAUCUAUGAUGUUGAACACCUACUGAAGCAGCCACUUCCACCGGCGACAACUCUGCAGCCCCCAACACAGAUCCUGAAGUGGCCUCAGCCAACGGCAUUGGGCCAACCAGUGACCAAGACCAUGGUAAACACAGCCGUGGCCAACGCAGCCUGUACCUACCUCACUGCUCUGACGGACUCCAACAUCGUGUCCAUCUGGAGGAGAUGCUAGACGCCUGCACAAGGCAGUGUCAGGACAUGGCUUGUUAGCUUGGGGCUAGCGGGAGAGGGUUUGUACCAGGGAGUAUUUGUUAUUAAAUUCUCUAUUGUGGAGUGGAGGCCAGUGGGAAGGAAAUGAGUGUGCUCACACAGGCUCCGCUGGGGUUCCCACUCGGUUAACCAGCAGGCCCAGCAGCCCCAGGUUCUGCCCAACCUGUGGUUUGAGUCUGGGUGACAGGCCACCGGCAGCCAUCAAGUCUGACAGUCCACCUUCUGCCCUACUUUAUUAGGAAAAUAACAGUCUAUGUACAGAAUGGGACAGUGUCCUGUACCCAGCUAGAGAGCUGAAAGUGGCUGUUGCCAUCGCAGUGGGCUGAGAAGAGCCCUGAGGAUGUAUGUGCCAGCCUUACAGCCACUAAGCAACGCUGCUUUCAGCUGCUACUCAAUUCCUUCUUGCUUGUCCUUGAUGGCCACCUGAGGAAGACAAAGGCAGUGACUACACUGUAAUGACCCCAGCAUAUUGGGAUUGUGGGGCGAGCGGGCGCCAAGACUGCUGCAGUUCUCCCAAAUGCAGCGAGCACUCCAGAGAACAUGGCAAGGGGCAGACCAGUCUCCAGGUACCUCAGCAGGCUUCACCUGCCCUGUGGCAUCUGCUUGCUGAGGGCUGGGGAUGGAGCCAACUGGGACAUGCCCAUUGGGUGAAACCUCAAAAGUGGCUUACCUUACACUGAGGGCCCCUGAGCAAGAGCUGUUGUCAUCCCUACCCUGGGAAGAACGGCUAGGCUACUCGACAAGAGCCCAGAGUCUCUGGGACCUUAUGACCCAGAGCAGCCAGGCAAAGGGAGAGCUUCCCUCCCACCCCCCACCCCCAUGUACCCAAGGCCUUGACUGUGCUAGGUAAAUAUUGCACCACUAAGCUAUACCCCAGCCCCUCAUUGGGGAUUCUAAGUGUGCUGGGGUAGCUCUAACUCACAGCCACAGCAGCAGUGGUGCCCCCACCCCAACCCCUGGCCCCCAGCGCUCCUCACCCGGAAUCGCUCCUCCAGGAGGGAGAGCUCGCUGAUGAGGUCUGUGAUGGCGUUGGUGAAAGCCUCCUGGGGACUGUAGUCUGGGGUGGUCUGCACACGGAUGAUGAUCUUGUGCUCCAAGGGGUGUGGGACUUUGUAGCCAGCAAACAGCACCUGUGGGUCCUUCAACAGCUGGCUGAGAAACAGAGUUCACAGGGAGGCAGGUCAAACCUGGCAGGCUUGCUAACCAAUGUGGCCCCCCACCUGCAGUUGUGAAUAAGUGGGUGUGGUGCAGGUCUUCAUCCUGGCUCCUCAGAGACCUUAUAAGUUCAAGGCCAGCCUAGGCAGCUAACUGGGCCUGUUACAGCAACAGCUGAGGAGGUAGCUCAGUGGUGGAGUGCUUGCCCAACAUUCACGAGGCCUGGGGUUCUCUCCCAGAACUAGAAUAGGGACAAAUCAAGUUAAAGGGACCAAGACCAUAUGGGAACCUUGUAUCUACAAGGGUGAAGGAGCCUGGCUGGGAGCCAGUUUGUUUGGCACCUUUCAGAAGGGUGAGAGAGACCCCAUGACAGUGGCUGCAGGCUGCUCCUAAGCUGAGACAUACAAGGCCCUGUCCCCAGGCAGAGCAAGCAGGUACAACUGGCCCUGCCAAGCAUAUCUGAAGAGUUGUGGAAUUGGGGCUGGAGAUAGCUCAGCAGGUAAGAGGACUGGCUGCUCUUCCAGGACCCACAUAGUGGGUGGCUCACACCUAACUCCAGUCCCAGGGGAUCCAGCACCCCUUAAGGCAUCUUAGGACACCGUACAGUGCUCAGCCACUGUGUGCAGAAGUUGCACAGUGAUGGAGAACCUAUUGCUCUUGCAGAGAAUCUGAGCGAGUGGCUCACAGCUGCAUGUAACUGGCUCUGGGCUCCGACACCCUCUUUUGGCUGGUCAGACACUCAUACAAUAUAAACUUGGUUCUUUUAAGCUGCAGAUUGAGCUACAGAAAUGGCUUAGCAGUUAAGAGGUUCCUAGCACCCAUGUAGCAGCUAACAACCAUCUGACCCUCCAGCUCUGGAGGAUCUAGUACCUUCUGACCUUCAGACAUACAAAGGCUAAACAUUCAUUAAAAAGUUCUUUCUGGGUUGGGUAUUUAGCUCAGUGGUAGUGUGCUUGCCUAGCAAGCGCAAGGCCCUGGGUUCAGUUCUCAGCUCUAAAUAAAUAAAUAAAUAAAUAAAUAAAUAAA